AUGAUCGAUUUCGCAAUAGCAUCGUUUGACAUGCGGCAGUCUGUAAUGGACAUUCGGCAAAAGAGAGACGAUGUGCUCUCAGCUGAUCACCAGUUGUGGUUGUCAUACUACGCUGUGAGAGAAUGGUAUCGGAAACGACCAGAGUCAGCUCCGUCGUACAGUCUUUUCAGUGAACCGAUGAUCUGCGAUAUUCCAUGUGUCGAACUAGGCGCCACAAGGACUGACGAUGUACCGAGUGGAAAAGUGCUUGGACGCCGAGGAAUGUUACGUGCCAAGCUGCAGUCUGUCACUACGGAUCGGCAUGGUUACUUGUCUCGAGUUGCCUACUUGUUCCGAGCACAGUCACUCGCUGUACUAGCUGCCACCAGCUGGUUUCGUUCGCAACAACUUAAGCGACGCGUCGAAUUCGCACUCAGCAGUUUUCGUUUAAAGUUCUUAAAGGAAGCGCGUCGUGGCAGAAUGCAGCUGGUGGUGGCUAGUGGUCGUCGUCGCACUCACUCUGCCGCGUUAAAGGCGAAAACGUGCACGUAG